UCUGUAUGUUGGGGAUGAAGCUCCUUCAAAUCGUCCUUGGCCGUCUCAGUGGUGUCCUGUGCUACAGUACGGUUUGGAGGCACAUGAGAAAGUGUUAGGUUAUAAUUGACCUGCUGAUGACAACUGACAGUAUCAGAAGAGAAUCCCAAGAAGACAGCUGGCUCCUUCCUUAGACACAAUUUUAGAAAUGAGCUCCUUUCCCUGAACACAGCAGGGAAAUAACUAUCCUAACCCUCUGAGUGAAACUGGCAUCAGUGUGCUGCUGACAGUGCUGUCCCUGUCCCCUUGCUGGGCUUGAACUAGUGGUCCUCUGGUCGCAAACACACGUGACCGCCAAACCAGUUGUGCUGUAGAAAAGGAUCCAAUUCGAUAGCGCCAUUGACGCCAUUUCAAGCUAGCUGUGGAGUGAGCUUACGGCACAUUCUUAAUUGUUACACGAGGAAGCACAAUGUUACCUCUCAUUCAUCGAAGUCAAUUCUGUUUGGUAAAGAAUUGCUAUUGGUGUUCAAUUGCUGUUCAAAUGAAAAAAAGUUGUCAAGAGUGCAUAAAUAUUUGCAAGUGUAUUGUAUAUUCUCUGUGUUGAGUUAAUUACAUUGUUGUAUUGUCGUUUCUUUCCAAAGGGGUCUGAAGCAAACAAGAGGCCARGAUGUCUGAGAAAAAAAUGGCAUCGAGUCGCAAGCAUCAUCUGAAGAGCUUGAUGCUCCAGAUUGCUAAGGGCUUGCUAGAUGCAGAGGCCAUAGAGGCAGUGGAAGAGAAGAAAAUGUACAUGGAUGAGAACUGCGCUGCAUUGGACAUGCCUGGGUCAUUGGCGGAACUGCAGGAACUGUGCAAGACAAUUCAUCACCAGAUUGAUAAAGUGGAUGAAGAGAGAUAUGACCUGGCAGGCAAAGUGGGCAAGUGUGACAAAGAGAUUGAGGAUUUGAGGAUUAAAGUGAUUGAGUUCCAAGGCAUGAAGAAGCCAGCUCUGAAGAAAGUACGUAUGUCUGCUGACUCCAUGCUCCAGGCACUGCUGGGCUCCAAGCACAAGGUGUCUAUGGAUUUUAGAGCCAACCUGAAAGAAGUGAAGAAGGAAGUCAAAGAGGAGGACAAAGAUGCAGUUGGUGACUGGCGUAAGAACAUUGAUGACAAGGCAGGCAUGGACGGCAGAAAGAAGAUGUUUGAGGCCGCAUAAACGCUGUGGCACGACUCAGUCCCAUUUCACCUGCCUUUCUCUGUGUCCUAAUAAUAAGUCAGUUGUUGUCAGCCAUGGCUGUAUUUUGUGUUGGAUAUAUAAAGUGGUAUUGUGGUUAAGUCAGAURUGGAUUUGUAUGACCAUGUUGUCGACUGAGAUAAUUACCCUUUUCACAGCAACUUGAACAUAUUUUGAAGAACACUUACUGUAUGAAGAAAUGUACUUAAGUAUAUAUGACUGAAUAUUAAAUAAAUAUUUGAACGUUUACAACUGGAAUAGCWUUUUUAUUUUGCUUGCAUUUCUUUUAGGGUUUUGUGAUUAAAAAAAAGAGAACACGACUUAUGCAGUUACCUACUUGAUUUGGGUAUGAGUAGCACACUAUUCAAUGUUAUUCAAUAGCAGAUAGCAAUUAGAAGCUAGAUGUAAAAAAAAAAAAAAUGUAACGACUGAAGGACUUUAAUCUUAGGACAUCAUUUCUUAGAACAUGUCACACACACCAAAAGGUAUAAGCUCUGUAUAUUCUCUCUCUCUCUGCUGAAUCCUGCUGUAAUUAUGACUCCUAGAAUUGGUAGCAUCUCUUUCUUGUUUGGGAUUCUUGUGCAUGGAAACUGAUACCAACAUAUUUAGGCUAGGAUUUAAUCAAUUGUAGAUUUAAUCAAUUGUUCAAUACUAAUACUAAUACAAAAAUAUAAACACUAAUUUU